CCCAAAGGCCCGAGAUAUACAUGGCUUCGCCUCUCGUCUGGGCGAGGAAACGGUGCGCUGUGACGGAGCGGGAGUAAAGUGUGUGGCACUCUGACCGCCCUUGUCUUCUGUACAAUCAGUUCUCAUCUUAAUAAGCAUGGCGGCUACAGCAGAACUCUUUGAGGAGCCGUUUGUUGCGGAUGAAUAUAUUGAGCGGCUGGCAUGGAGAACACCAGGGGGAGGAUCAAGAGGAGGAGUGGAAUCAUUUGAUCCUAAAAGAUUAUUAGAACAGUUUGUGAAUCAUAUUGAUGAACUAAAGUUAAUGGAUGAACGAAUUCAAAGGAAAGUGGAGAAAUUAGAGCAGCAGUGCCAGAAAGAAGCAAAGGAAUUUGCCAAGAAAGUUCAAGAACUGCAGAAGAGUAACCAGGUAGCGUUCCAGCAUUUCCAAGAACUUGAUGAACACAUCAGCUAUGUGGCAACUAAGGUGUGUCACCUUGGAGACCAGCUUGAGGGGGUGAACACUCCCAGGCAACGUGCUGUGGAGGCCCAGAAACUGAUGACAUAUUUUAAUGAGUUUCUAGAUGGUGAACUGCGGUCCGAUGUUUUUAACAACCCUGAAAAGAUAAAAGAGGCAGCUGAUAUCAUUCAGAAACUGCAUUUAAUUGCCCAAGAGCUUCCCUUUGACAGGUUUGCAGAAGUAAAAUCAAAGAUUGCAAGUAAAUAUCAUGAUUUGGAGCACCAGCUGAUUCAAGAAUUCACAAGUGCGCAGAGAAGAGGUGAAAUAUCUCGCAUGAGAGAAGUUGCUGCUGUUUUACUUCAUUUCAAGGGCUAUUCUCAUUGUGUCGACGUGUACAUAAACCAGUGUCAAGAGGGAGCAUAUUUAAAAUAUGAUAUAUUUGAAAACUCUGCUGUGUUGUGUCAACGCGUGAAUAGAGAAGUUGGAGAUAUAUUCAGUAAUCCAGAAAUUGUUUUGGCCAAGCUUAUCCAAAACAUUUUUGAAGUCAAGAUUCAGAGCUGUGUUAAAGAGCAGCUGGAUGAAUGCAGAAAAUCUGAUGCCGAACAAUACCUUAAGAGUCUUUAUGAUCUGUAUACAAGGACUACAGGUCUCUCAAGUAAACUGAUGGAGUUCAAUCUGGGAACGGACAAACAGACCUUUCUGUCAAAGUUAAUAAAGUCCAUUUUCAUCAGCUACCUGGAGAACUACAUUGAUGUUGAAACUGCCUACUUGCGAAGUCGAAGUUCUGUGAUUUUACAGCGUUAUUAUGACUCUAAGAAUCACCAGAAGAGACCUAUUGGAGGUGGGGGAAUUCAAGAUCUAAAGGAAAGGAUAAGGCAGCGUACAAACCUCCCUUUGGGACCUAGUAUUGACACACACGGAGAGACAUUUUUAUCUCAAGAAGUUGUGGUUAACUUGCUGCAAGAAACAAAGCAUGCCUUUGAGCGAUGUCAUAAGCUUUCAGAUCCAUCAGAUCUCCCAAAGAACGCUUUUAGAAUAUUUUCCAUUCUUGUGGAUUAUUUAUGCAUUGAACAUAUUGAUUAUGCACUGGAAAUAGGUUUAGUAGCAAUACCAUCUCCAGAUUCAAAGAAUGCCAAUCUAUAUUUUUUCGAUGUUGUGCAUCAGGCCAAUACGAUUUUCCAUUUAUUUGAUAAACAGUUCAAUGAUCAUCUCAUGCCAUUAAUUAGUUCAUCCCCAAAACUUACUGAGUGUCUUCAAAAGAAAAAAGAAAUAAUAGAACAGAUGGAGGUGAAACUAGAUACUGGAAUUGACAGAACAAUAAAUUGCAUGGUUGGCCAAAUGAAACAAAUACUGGCAGCAGAGCAAAAAAAGACAGAUUUCAAACCAGAAGAUGAAAAUAAUGUAUUAAUCCAAUACACUACAGCAUGUGUGAAAGUUUGCCUUUAUGUCCGAAAGCAAGUAGAGAAGAUAAGGAACUCAAUGGAUGGAAAGAAUGUGGACACAGUGCUUAUGGAGCUGGGUGUGCGCUUCCAUCGUCUCAUUUAUGAGCAUCUCCAGCAAUUUUCGUACAGCUCAAUGGGAGGAAUGCUUGCAAUUUGUGAUGUUGCAGAAUAUAGAAGAUGUGCCAAGGACUUUAAGAUUCCACUUGUAUUGCAACUUUUUGACACUCUUCACUCGCUCUGCAACCUCCUGGUGGUGGCCCCUGACAAUUUGAAGCAAGUUUGCUCAGGGGAACAGCUUGCCAACCUAGACAAGAAUAUCCUACAUUCCUUUGUGCAGCUGCGAGCUGACUACAGACCUGCGCGCCUUGCCAGACACUUCAGCUGAACAUUUUACUGGCAGGGCAUCUGUGUGGUAGAUCAGUGCCAGCCCAGGACUUUGAGAACGCACAGGGAGUUUAUCCGUAGUACAUAGAGGUUGCUUGGCAGUGACUGAGGGGCAAAACAGUGAUUGCCACAUUCAUAGUAUCUAUUAUGCUUCCAGUUUCACUGUUGGCAAAGUGGGGAGGAGCAUCAUAUAUUUUAUUUUAAAUAUGGACGCAAAAAUCUUUGUCUCCUUUGUUUUGCAACGGCAUUUCUUUUUGUACUGGAAACAUAACUUACUACAGUGGAGGUUCUCCAUAUAGGCCGUGUGAUUAUGUGUUUAAACAAUAUAGUGGCAGUGCUGCUUUUAUAUGAUGGACAAGCAAAGGUUAUUUUUAAUGCACUGUGUUAAAGAUGGCAUUGUCUGGGUUUAGAGAUCUAGUUAUGUAGGCCAACUACCUUUAUCUUUUUCUUUCUGUGGUCUUGUGAGCCUGGACACCCAGGCUGCUACUUAAUAUUAUAACUACUACCAUAACAAUUCCUUUUGAAAUAUUUACAUAUUAUUGUUUUUAUUUGACAUCCUCUGAUGCUUUAUUUGUGAAUUGUGCUUAGAUUUGAACACCCUUUCAGGCUGCAACAAUAUUAUGCCAGAAUUGUUUUCCUUAUGCAGUAUCAUCUUAUGAUCCCAAAAAUCUCUAAUUUAUUUGUACAGAUCUUUAACCAGAAUUAGAACCAUUCUUUUGAUAUAAAUCCUUGCAUUGCACAUAAUAUGGCAGUGGAGACCCAAAAGUCUUGUCUAUAAUUGUGACUCAGUAUUGUCCAGAUUAUACAUGUUUACGGACAGCCUUGUGUCUCUUGCACAUAGUAAAACACAACUGAUUUGUAUUUUAAAAUGUAUAUAAAAUAAACAUGUUUUAGGAAUAAUAAAA